UGAUCUGAACCGAUUAACUCACGAACCACAAACACAAAACCUAAACGAGCGACCGGUUUUAAGAUUUGAGCCGGAAAGAGUUCUGGUUCUUCAAUCUCGUACCCCAACAAAACCCAAAUUCAAAUUAUUCCCCAAUUUUCUAUGGCAUCUCAUGCUCACAUAGACGAUGAUGAUGAUUUCGAUGGGGAUUUUACCGGAACCAACCAAACUACGCGUGCAGGUACUAAGAGAGGAUUUGGAGAUCUUGAUGACGAUGAUGAUGAUAUAUUUGGCUCCAAAAAGGCUAACUCAAAAGUAGAAGAAACUGUACCAGGUGUGACAACCGGAAUGAUUUUAUCCCUUCGUGAGAGUCUCCAGAGCUGUAAGGAUAAUCUUGCAACAUGCCAAUCAGAGCUUGAAGCUGCGAAAUCAGAAAUUCAAAAAUGGCAUUCUAUAUAUCAGAACGAGUCCGUUACAACAGGCACAACAGUUGAACCUGACGUUGUUAUCAGUUAUCUUCAUGAUUUAAAAUCUUCUGAGGGAUCACUGAGAGAACAGCUAGAAAAGGCAAAGAAAAAGGAAGCUGCGUUUAUAGUAACCAUUGCAAAACGGGAGCAGGAGAUUGCAGAUUUGAAGUCUGCAGUUCGGGAUUUAAGAUCACAACUUAAGCCUCCAUCAAUGCAGGCAAGAAGACUGUUACUCGAUCCAGCAAUUCAUGACGAGUUUACACGUUUGAAGAAUUUGGUAGAGGAAAAGGAUAAGAAAAUUAAGGAGCUGCAAGAUAAUAUUGCGGCUGUUAAUUUCACUCCGCAAAGUAAGAUGGGGAAGAUGUUAAUGGCUAAGUGCAGAACUCUGCAGGAGGAAAACGAGGAGAUCGGGAAUCAGGCCAGGGAAGGAAAGAUACACGAGUUAUCGAUGAAGCUUGCUUUGCAAAAAUCUCAGAAUCUGGAACUCAAAAAUCAUUUUGAAGGACUUAGCAAGCACAUGGAAGGAUUGACAAAUGAUAUCGAAAAAUCAAAUGAAAUGACACUAAUCCUGGAAGAGAAGCUAGAAAACAAAGAUCUUGAGAUCCAAAGACUAAAGCAGGAGCUGCAACAGAAGCAAGGCAAAGUAACCGAGACAGUAGUUAGCAACAAAGAUGGUGACGAGGAUGACAUAAAGCCGAUGGGUGCUGAAAACGAGACACUGUAAACUUGUAAUCAACAUUGCAUUUACAUUUCCGUUUUGUAUUUUUUUUUCUUUAAAAAGACCCACCAUACGUCAUGCUAUGGAUGUUCGUUUUUUUUUACAAACUACCAGACUGUCUACAUUCAUGUGAUACGCUCUGUUUAUUAUGUUUUGUUUGAAGCUCGGUGGUCAUGUAGAGAUAAAUGGGUGUAAGCUUCGAGUAUGAUGGGAAUAAGGUCAUUCGUUUAUAGUUUACUUGUUCUAUAGGUGCUCGUGCGUUUGAUUGUCUUGUUUUGUUACACUGAGUUUAAAAGCACAAGUGAUUUUAUUAA